UUUGAUCUCCGUGUAAUUCGGUUACUGAUAUAAAUAUAUAGCAUGUACAUUAAUUACUCAGUUGAAUAUCUCAUCAUAUACUUGACACAAAUGUAGAUAUAACAAAAGCUGAUUGGUCGAUUGUGUUGCGUAUUUGACAACAUACGGGGUUUUCCAUAUCCUCGGUAAAUACAAAAUAUCGAUUAGAAUAUUCAUAUAUACAGUACGUACAGCGUCGCAGCUUCUAGUGUCAUAAGAUCGAUACGUGUUGCGAAGAUGUGACUUUGGUGUUUGACACUUGAGACAUAAACACACACUGAAUCAUAUUUACUAUAUACUGGAGAUUACAUAGGGACUUUGUACUUCAUAUAAGUGUUACUAAUAAUUACUGAUAAAUAUAUAUAGAUAAUAGGAACGAUGUUUCCUUCACGAAGAUGGAAGCUUAUCUCAAUAUUGUUGGUCAAGUUUGAUAAAAUAAUGGUGAUGCAAAAACGUUAUCUGGUGUCCCCUAAAUUGUUAUCUGAAGUCAGUAAAAUUCUAAAACGUCUGCUAUUUACGAAGCCGAGGAGCGUAAAAACAACGCUGAUGGAUGACGAUUCAAUUUCUACAGAAACCCAGAGGCUGGGUUUUAACAUGUGCCGAGAUUCGAUUGGUGGAGUGUGGUCUGAAAUAAGCGAGGCCGAUUUCCAGAUCAAAAAGUUAAGUGGUGGCUUGACGAAUUAUCUUUAUAUAUGUUCACUACCACCGGGUGUUCGAGCUCCGGAUAAUCAGCCCUCGAGUGUUCUUCUCCGUGUAUAUGGCGACAUUGCAACGUCCAGCAAUUUUGUCGUGCAGAACUCUGUGAUAUUUGCUCUGUUGUCCGAAAAGCAACUAGGCCCUAAACUUCACGGAAUGAACCCUACUGCGAGAAUUGAAGAACUUGUUCCGGCGAAUUGUUUAUCAACAAAAGAUUUGCACGACCCGACCUUGUCCAAGAUGAUAGCGGAAAAAUUGGCAUUGUUUCAUACCCUAGACAUGCCCCUGUGUAAGGAGCCUAGAUUCUUGAAUGAUACCAUGGACAAAUGGUUAAAAGAAACAAAAGGAAUUUUAAUGAGUGUGCAUUCAGAUCAGGACGAACAUUACAUGCGCAUAUUUAGGGACUUUAAUUUAGAGCAAGAAUUGCAGACGUUAAAAGAAAUCCUGUCGAGAGUGGAAUCUCCCGUUGUGUUCUCACAUAACGAUCUCCAAGAAGGAAAUAUUUUGUAUAACAGAAACUGCCCGGAUAGGGAGAAAUGUUUGACCGUCAUAGACUGGGAAUAUUGUAGCUAUAACUAUAGAGGUUAUGAUUUUGGGAAUCACUUUAUGGAAUGGUGUUAUAACUACAAUGUAACAGAGUACCCUUACUUUAGUUAUACCGAACAUUUUUAUCCAACUAGGGAACAACAGUACGAAUUUUUCAAGGCCUAUUUGAAAGCGUCACACUGUGAUGCAGACGAUGUUACGCUUCAUAAAAUGUACAUAGAGGCCAAUACCUUUGCCCUUGCGUCUCACUCCUUUGCCCUUGCGUCUCACUUCCUGUGGGGCCUUUGGUCAAUUCUACAAAAUGAAAUGUCGACAAUACAGUUCGGAUUUUUGGAAUAUGCGGAAAGCAGAUUGGCUGGAUAUUUUGCAAUGAAAAAGAAAUUGGGCUAUUUGACGUAAAACGUAAAAAGAAACUGUGAUAUAGUUUUACACAUUAUAUACACAAUGUAAGAUAUGUAAAUAGUAAAAGAAAGUCUACGUAACUAGAGCUAUGUACAUUACAAACUUCACAGCCAAGUUUGUUUUAUUUUUGUAUAUGAAUUAAAUUUUCUUUGCUUUACAUGACAUAAACUUCCUGUUGAAUAUUUCACUUACUUCCGGUGUGAUAUCAUUCUAACUUCCGGUUGGCUUCAAUAUACAGAGAUUUUUACGGUGUUUACAGCUAUCCUGCAUGGGCCAACAGUGAACUUUAAGGUUGUCCGUUGAAGUUAAAAGAAUGUGUUAAUAGUGGUUUUUUUUAUGAAACUUCAUUGUAUACAUGCAUAUUUUUAUAUGAUUUUAUUGUUUUCCAAUCAUGUGUUCAGUUUUAAUCUAAUCCAGUAUACAUGUACGCAUUUGAAUCGCGAUAUUUCUUAACUUGCCAUGACUUGAAUUCGUAUACAUAAUUUCAUAUUUCAUUUUAUAAUAACGUUUCGUUUUAACUUUGAGACGGAAAGUCAAUGUUUUAUGUAGAACUUGCCUUUUCGAUAUACAGCUAGUAAUUGUUUAGCAUUAAAAUUUCCUCUUUUAGUUAGUUAUAGAAUCGGUUUUAUAUAUACUGCAAAAGGAUCAAGGUAAAAAACUUGAUAUUGAUCAGUAUAUUUAGUUUUUUUUAGAACACAUGAAUUAAUCAGUACACUUGUUGAGACCAAAGAAUAACGUAUUAUCAGCAUUGUUUUUAGUUUGUUUUUACUUUUGCCAAAACAAAUUCAUAUUUUUGUUGUGUUCCUCCCAUUAUUAUGUACAUUUAUAUAUAUCUUAUUUAUGCAUGAUUAUUUAUAAAUAUGUUCGAUCCUUAUUCUUCCCAGAAAAGUGAUCGGUGACAUGCGUGCAAUUAAGUAUAUGGUCAAUUUUGUGUAAAAAAUAUGAUACUAGUAUGCUAACUGAUGUACAAAUAAGUUCGCUUGAAAAUGUUUAUUAUGAAAAAUGCAUUGUUCUUUCUUUAUUGCUUUAUACAUGUUUUAGGUGAAGUUUUAAAUAAAAAAUGUAUAUUUGAUAAUA